GAAGCCUCGCUUGAGACAAGAUCCUGUGGACAAUGAGACCACUGACUAUGUGCUGGCGACAAGGACGGGAUUGAAGAUGAAGGGAGCCAUGACGACAUUCUGUCCCCUCGAGGGCCCGUUAUCCUCAAUCAAGAUGCUGUUCUACUUAUCCUGCCUCGUUCUCAGUAUUCUAUUGGCAGUGACGUCAUCAGAGGAGGUCAUCAUCAACACCAAAUUUGGUCGAAUCGCUGGACUCAGGGAAUCAGAAAAUUACGGAUUAAAAGAAGUGACAGAUUCUGUGGAUAUAUAUCUUGGAGUGCCGUAUGCCAAACCACCGGUUGGCGAGCUCAGGUUUGAGGACCCACAGCCUGUAGAAGCCUGGCAGGGAAUAAAAAACGCUACCUCCUACCCACCCCGCUGUCCACAGAGACCCUGCACGGACAGUCCCUGCACGGGCAAUGAAGUGAUGAGUGAAGACUGUCUCUACCUCAAUAUAUACUCGCCAUAUGAGCCUACUCGCCCCAGUGUCAGCUAUCCUGUGAUGGUGUACAUCCAUGGCGGGUCCUAUGCAGCUGGCUCUGCUAACGAUUAUGACGGACGGGUGUUAGCACAAUACGGAGUUGUAGUUAUAACGAUGAAUUAUCGCCUUGGUGUUUUAGGUUUUCUAACAACUGGAGACAGUGAUCUGCCUGGCCAGUGGGGCAUGUACGACCAAAUCCAUGCCUUGAAGUGGGUCAAGUCAAACGUCCACUACUUCCGCGGCAAUCCGAACGAGGUGACAAUAUUUGGGAACAGCGCUGGCGGAUCGAGCGUCGGCAUACACAUUUUGUCUCCAGACUCGAAGGGUCUUUUCGAGAGGGCAGUCGUCCAAAGUGGCGCACCUAAUUCGUUCUGGGCGGUGCACGCGGAGAGCGCUGAUCUGAGGAACUAUAUGGAAAAGUCCGCCAAGAUCAUGGGAUGUGGAAGCAGUCAGAUUCUCAAAAGCAUUGAAUGUCUUAAGAACCUCAAAUGGCAACGUAUUGUGCACCCAAGGGUAAUGCUACCACGCAUCACACCAUCCGCAACUGAUCUGAAGCCUUACAUUGAUGGGAAGCUAUUACCAACCAGUAUUACCACUAUACUACGCGAUGGCCCCGUCAACAACGUACCCAUCCUGACAGGAACCACCAGGGACGAAUGGGCUAGAAACCUGGGCUGGUUCAUAGAUCCCCUGCUUCAGAGCGAUCAUUCUUUAGAUAACGAUUUUGACGACGGUUUUGACCGACCCACUUUCCUAAAAGCUCUGGAAUACGUUACAACAGAACGAUUCGGCUGGCCAAGGAAUCUUGUUGAGAUAUUCCAGUAUGAAUACACUGACUGGACCAGGCCAAAUGACCCCGUGACCAACAGGGAAGAGUAUAUUCAGUUUUUCACCGACGUGUCCAUGGUAGCUCCAACUGUUGACAUGGCCCAACAACUGGCACGACGCAAUGUACCCAUCUACAUGUACACAUUCAACCACGCCCACCAGAUGUACCAACAGAUGAAAAAUGUCAAGCAGAAGCCAAUGGGAAGCUGGGUCGAGAAUUCAAGUUAUCACGAGAUCGAGCUGAACUUUGUGUUCGGGGCACCAUUUACGGGAAAGACGGUCUGGUAUGGUGGGAAUUUCACCAAGGAUGACAAGGAAGUCAGCAAGAUUGUCAUGAAACUCUGGAGUAAUUUUGCAAAGCACGGGCAACCGACACCCUCAAGGUCUGACAGCCACGGGAUCUACUGGGACAAGUUCGACCCGCAGUCGACGGACUACCUCCACAUCGGGACCAAGGAAUGCAGCAUGAAGAAGAACCUGCGGCCGCAUCGGGUAGCGCUCUGGAACGAACUGGUGCCAGAACUAACGAAAAUCUUUGAGGAAGCGGAAUCAUUUAAAAAUCGCCGGACGUUUGAGGUGGAGAUGUGGGUGUUUAUUGGUGUGUCUCUUGUGCUUGGUGUGGCUGUGGUGGUUUUACUCACCAUGGUCUGUAGGGUUAAGCGACUAAAUGAGGAGUAUAAAUGGAAUAGCACCAAGUCAGUUCAGGUGUGAUGGAAUAUGAACAACCUGCUGUAUCCUAGUAACAUUAUCUUGGCAUUGGAAUGUCCAAUUCUCAAAUACGUCCCAAACGCAGCAAUGGCCAUUUCCUUUGAAGUUGGUCUUCGUAAUAUCUAUGUGAACGCAAGAAAUUCAGUUUUGCUGGCAUUAGCGUAUGCAGCCUUUCACAACAUUGAAGGCACGGACAUGUCUUGGCGUGAGAAUCAAAGGAGCUUAUGAACACCUCCACCGUACCUAUCAUCGCAGCAACGACAGAAGACCCAAAGUAGUUUCUCAGAAAGAUUGCUCCAUGAAGCCUUUGCACUGCCAACAUAUGUGUGGGGACACUAUCUAUGUACAUAAGACAGUAUUCGCUCGGGGUAUAGCGACAUGCCCAAUGGGAGUUGAACGCCACAAACAUUAUACGUGGAUUCACGUCUUACACCAAACAGUGGUCAGAUUUGAAUUUUCUUUCUGGCAUGUAAAUACACCGUGCACGUGCAUGCUAUGUACAUCAAGUGUUGUACAUAUCGUCGGAGGACAUUACCACCUUCCGACACCGUCGAUAUCAAAGUAGAUAGUUGGUAGAGAAAGAUGCAUAAUGUCAAUCAUCCCUCUGAACAUUCAUCAAACAUUCUGAAAUGAUGUAAUAUUAUCAUUCAAACGACAUAGCUUUGGUUACGGAUGUUGUUGAGCUUGUUUCAUCACACCCAAAGUGAUCUGACGUCGUGAAGGCACGCCAGGUUACAUUUCCCAAUCGGGCUGAAGGGGCGGAGUACUAGAGAGGACGUUCGACAGUGGAGUGGUGGUCGCCGGGCUAUUGCUGAUUAAUGUCCCGUUUGAAAGAAGAGAACACCCAACCACCCUUUCUCCUCAGCCUGGCUCGGGCAUCCGGUGAUAGUUGAGACAACCUCUUGUUGUGAUUUUAUACUCAGUUGAUGUCAAUGAGUGUUUUGAAACGCUUCCCUAUAAUAGUAUAGGUUGGGCCGCUGCGUUUCUGCCGGUGGAUCCCUGGCCGUUUUCAAACAGAAGCCUGCUUGCAAAUGGCAAAGGAUCAACUUCCAAGUAGCAGCCCAAAAUUUUUGAUUAACAUAAUGGUGUUGUAUUCAUAUAUCAGGUGUCGUGAAAUACAGAUCGUGUUCGAUUGAAAUAAACGACAUUCUAAAACGGCAAAUGCAAGAUCGUGACGUCGUUACAUAUAAAUGUAACAUGCUGUCUUUGAAGGUUCACACGACGGUAUCAAAUGUGCAUAUACCGGUAUUGAAAGUAGGCCCCCUAUCAAGUGAUAUGUCGCUGCACCAAAAACUGAUAUUUUGUCAAAAAAGCCUAAACUUUUGCCUAUCACUUCUUGUCUUUGCCGUUUCAGAAUAAAAUAUUUACUGAAA